CUUUAAUUCAUGGGAAAAAUUUAUCACCGGCAAAGAAAUAGGAGACAGUUAAAAAUAGGGACUGUGGCUUGUUAGUGAGAUUUUUUUUUUUUUUUAAAUUCAAUUUUCUCAAAUUUCAUAUAUUAUUCUAGACUAGUCAAUUUCGUAGAGGUUAUCAAUCUUAUAAACUACCCAUUCUCAUAGACGCCAUUCAAGACUCCCCAAUCUCCUUACCCUUAUAGACUACCCAAUCUCAUAGAUGCCAUUCAAUUUGAGAGGCAAAGGACCCAGCUAUUUAUCUUUUUCAACAGUCAGAAGCAAUGAAGUUUGGGGUUCUUAAUACAUUCUCAUGCGGUGUUGGUCUCAUGGUAAACAGUUGAAUAUAGCUAAGGUAGGUAGUGAUAAAGUUGAGAGAGACAUGACAUUUGGUUGGUUUAGUACUAGUCACUUUUAGUCUUUUUUUUUGCUUUUGUGUAUGUUUUUACACCUCUGUGUUUAUCCAGCAUGGUGGAUGCACUUUUUACGAAAAUACUUAUUUUAGAAUUUAAAAGGGUAUAGUUGCCUGUUUACACCGAGUGGGGAAUAUAAGGUGUUGGGGAACAUUAAUUGAUUGAGAGGAAAUAAGCCUGACAGCAGAUGUCUCAUCGAUAUCAUUUCAUUGCAUGAGGUGAGGGAGUUGUAGGCUGGGAAUUCCCAUGGAUAUUGCAGCUGGAGUGGCUCAGAGAAAACCCACAAGCAGAAAAGGGGAAAAGGGCGAGUUAAAGAUGGAGGAUUCGAAGCAUGUGUGCAAGGUCUGCAAUAGGAGAUUCAGCUGUGGAAAGGCUCUGGGUGGUCACAUGAGAAUUCAUGGCGGUCAAUUCAAUCCUGCAGAGGUUUCAGUGUGUCCUCAGAAGAAGAAAAAACGCAAGGUUUCAGAAAUUGGAGGCUCUGAAUCAGUGUUCCAACAAGCAUGGCAUGAAGAAGAGAAGGCGGGUUUACCAGGGCCAAGCAGCCACUCUGAUCUUCUGAGGGACAUUGAGGGUACCAGUGUUAGUACCAGUAACAGUGAGCAAGCAAUCAUGCACAUGCACAGAGAUAUGGAUGACCUGGGCUCCAAUCCUAAAAUGAAGGGCUGGUUAUCAAAGAGGUCCAGGCAUGUUAUUGAGCAGUCUCUGUCAACCAACCAAGAGGAAGACGUAGCAAAUUGUCUAGUCAUGCUUUCUACUGCUGAAGGAUCAUGGAGGCCGCCCAAGACCCAGCUUACGGAAUCACAGAAUAUGUUGGGUUAUUGCAAUUAUGUAACUGGAUCCAGAGAUCUGAAAAAUGCAUGUCAGGAAGCAGAUGAAUUAGAUGACUCUAAUCCUAAUGAAGAAGCUGAUGAAUGGAAGAUUUGCAACAAUAUGUUCGAAUGCCCAACAUGCAACAAAGUUUUCUCUUCCAAUCGCGCUCUGGGUGGGCACAGGGCAAGUCACAAGAAGAUCAAGGAUUGCCGUAUGGAGCAGGAACAAGUCAAGAACAAGGUCACAGAACCAUUUAUUGAUGAAGUUGUCAGUGAGGAAAGCCUGAGCUUGCAUGCAAUUGGUACCAACAAGCCCAAGAUGCAUGAAUGUCCUAUUUGUCAUAGGAAUUUUGGAUCUGGGCAGGCACUGGGUGGCCAUAAAAGGUCCCAUUGGAUUACUAGUCCUAGUUCUAGCCCUAGUAGUUCCAGUCCCAAGCAGGUGCAGCAAGAGAAAGAGAGAGAGAAGGAGAAGCCCAUCUUGUUGGAUCUUAACUUGCCUGCACCUAUUGAAGAUGAUGAAGUUGAUGGAUUGAAGCCCUGCAAUCUGCUCAACUCCAUGGAAGCACAUAACAACAUUUCCAACUAUACCCAACCGUGGUGGAUAGACAGCCAUUGCAGAAUAUUUUCUCUACCAGUUAAUAGUAACUUUGAGGACAAGGGUGACUUCAAGCCUGAUAUUCAUCGGCCAUGGCUGCAAGUGGCAACCAAAACUGCUUAACAAACAAGUGAACCAGCUUUUGCAAGGCUUCUGACUUGGGAUUGUUCCUGAACAAUGGCAAUGGCACCCACUUUGCAAUCCUAUCUGACUGACUAUUUUUUCCUGUAAGCAUUGGAUUCUGUCAUGUACUUCAUGGGAAUGGAAUACAGAGCAUCCAUGUUUUUGAACUCAUCCUGGCAUGGCAGGGUAAUGAGCAGAGUACUCUAAUCUAAUCAUACAUUAGUUAAGUGUUGAUCCAAAACAAUUAAUGGACUGGCUACCGGCCAUGUCACUUUUUGUCUCAUUGAACAGUUUAUUUGACCAAUAAAAUUAUCUUGUAAACAUGAAAUGAAAUGGG